AUGGGCAUGCUCAGCUCUGAAGUCGCACUCCGGUUCACGGAGGUGCUCUUGCCAGCUCUUGUCAUCUAUUGGCUGCUCUAUCCGUGGUACUUCUCGCCCUUGCGCAAUGUCCCAGGGCCCUGGUACGCCGUCUAUACCAAAUGGUGGCUCGUCUACAAGACCUGGCGGGGCGUGCGUGCAAAGACGAUCCACGACCUGCAUCUCAAGUACGGGCCCUGGGUGCGUGUCGCCCCGGACGAGAUCUCGACCUCGGACAGCAAGGCGAUCGCGCCCAUCUAUGGCGUCAACUCCGAGUUCACCAAGACGGCGUUCUACACGUACCAGCUGCGAGGUAUCCCGGAGCUGUUCACCAUGUCGGACCGCAAGGCGCAUGCCAAACGACGCCGCGAGUUGGCUCACCUGUUUUCCAUGUCCACCAUCACCGAGUACGAGGACAUCAUCGCGGGAAAUGUCCUCGAGUGCAUGAACCUCAUCGCCGCAGAAGGCAAGGCCGGCCGGGCCAGCAAUCUCUAUGACUGGUGGCAUUACCUGUCCAUGGACAUCAUCUGCGAGCUCUCCUUUGGAAUCGGGUUCGACAUGCUCCACAAGGGAGACGAGAACCCUUACAUCCAGGACAUGUACGGCUCGCUGACCAUCGAGCCGGUCCGCUGGCAUUUCGGGUGGCUGAACCGGUAUGCUAGCUGGGCGCCCUUCAAAUUCGUCCGGGACGCCGAGGCCUGCAGCGUCCGGGGUUUCCAGAGGGGGACCAAGAUCGUGCAAGAAUACAAGAGAAAAGAGGACAAGGGCCAACGUAAAGAUCUGCUGCAGAAGAUGAUCAACGCACGAGACGAGAACGACCAGCCGCUCCCGGAAGAUGACCUGAACAUUCAGUCCACAAGUUUCAUCCUCGCGGGGUCUCACACCACGUCGUCCUCGCUGACCUGGAUCGUCUGGCGUAUCCUCUCGAACCCGGAGAUCCACCGCAAGCUGAACGAAGAACUCGACGAGGCGCUGGGGACGGACGACCGUCACGUAGUGCCACCACACUCCAAGCUCGACGGCCUCACCUACCUCAACUGCAUCAUCAAAGAGGGACUCCGGAUCGACACCUCGGUGCCAGGCUCGACGCCGCGUUACGUCCCUGCCGAAGGGGCCGUUCUCGGCGGAUACAACCUCCCUGGGGGCACCAUCGUCUCGAUCCAAGCAUACACGACUCACCGACAACCAGACGUCUUCCCAGACCCCGACCGCUUCUGGCCCGAGCGAUGGCUGGACGAGACACCGGAGAUGCGACAUCUCUAUGUCCCGUUCGGCGCGGACGGCCCGCGCAAAUGCAUCGGCAUCCACCUGGCGUACAUGGAGUUGCGCGUGAUCCUCGCGGCCUUGUUCCACCGGUUCGACCUUCGUUUCGCGGGGCCGGUCUCGGAUGAGAGCAUGGACAUGCAUGAGCUGUGGCUGGCCGCGCCCGCGGGGCAGAAUCUCAGCGUCAUCGCUACGGAGAAGGAGGAGAAGUAG